ACGGUUUUAUAGUAUGAUUGCCAACCAGAAUCACUUGGCUGCCAUCUUACUUUUCAGAAGUCGACGAAACGUGACACAUGUUCCUCCUGGAACGGCUCAUUUUAUUUGUUAUUUUGUCCUAAAGUAAAGGGAAAAUGUCCCGUUUUUUCAGAGUAAACAGCUCUGAAAGCGAGUCAGAGGAAAGCGAUGAUGAAGUACUUGUGAGACCAAGAACAACGGCACCAACCAGAGUGUAUCAAUUCAGUGAUGAUGAAGACGAUACGAAGAGAGUUGUUCGCAGUGCCAAAGAUAAAAGGUUUGAUAUUCUACAGACAACUAUAAAAUAUAUGCGAAAUAGUAUGAAGAUUAAUGAUAUUGCCAAAAUACAAACAGAAUACGAAAACUUAACAAAGGAAUAUGAUAAAUCAAAAAAUGUUGUUGAGAGGGAAGGUAUUCCAAACUUUUAUGUGAAAUGUUUGGCUGAUUUGGAAGAUUAUUUACAGCAGCAAUGGGAAGAUACGGAAGGCAGGAAGAAACUUCAUAAACUUAAUGCCAAGGCAUUGGCAAGUCUUCGACAAAAACUGAAAAAAUAUAAUCGCAAUUUUGAAGCAAAAAUAGAAGAGUAUAGAGCAGAUCCUGACAAAUUUGAAGAAGAUGAAGUAGAGGAAGAAGAAGCUGAUAAAACUGUCUCAGACAAUGAAGAAGAGAGAACCUCAAAAGCAACAGUUUCAAAACCGAUCAAUCAAGAUGAUGAUGAUAGCGAUGAUUUCUUUGGUACAGACUCUGAUGAAGAUUCGUCAAGUGACGAUGAACUUACAGAAGGUGGUAGAAGACAAUAUGAAGCUUGGAUGUUCUUGAAAUCCACAACCAUGAAAGAAGAUAAAACUGGGACAAAGCGUGCGAAGAAAGACAGAUCUGAUAAAACUGAAAAGAAGGCAAAAGAAGAGGGCUGGACACAAGUCUUAAAACAGAGCGAUAAAAUGAAAGUGCUUUUUCCUAAAGAUACAGAAAUUAAUCAUCAAGCUGUAAUGAAAAAAUUUCAUGAAAUUCUUGCUGUGCGUGGCAAAAAAGGAACUGACAGAAGCGAACAAGUGGAUUACUUUGUUGAAUUGAAGUCUAUUUCAGAAAAGCAUAACUUAGGACCGGCAAUGUCUCUAAAACUUCUUUUUAAUAUUGCUUCUGCCAUUAUGGAUUCUUCAGCUGGAACCGAUGUAGCACUAAAACCUGACAUGUGGAAUCGAUUACUUGAUGUUACCAAAGAAAUUUAUGACACUAUCAUCAACAAUUCAGAUAUAUUAUUUCAGCAAGCAGUGGAGGAGAACGUAGAGGAUACCACAAGACCUUACAUAUUGCAGGAAGAUCCAGUGACUUUGUUAGAAAGGGUAGAUUUGGAAUUUAGUAAGAUCUUACAAAGCACAGAUGGUCACUCACCUGAAUAUAUUGAAAAGUUAAAGGAUGAAGGCAAGGUUGUUGGUUUGAUUGACAAGUAUCUUGAUUUCAAUGAAAAAAAUGAUGCAUCAGCGGAAAAUCUGUGCAGAAUAUAUUUGUUACGAAUCGAACACACUUACUACAAAUUAGACAUUAAAGAACUACGUGAAAUUCACAAACAAAUUAAAUCAGGGGAGGAGAAGCGUGCUAAUGCAGAGCCAGGAGCUGAAGAAGCAGGUACUGAAAAUAAAACAGAGGAAAAGAAGGAGGCAACUUCUGGUGAUGGUGAGGCUACUACGGAAGGCGAGGCUACUACAGAAGAGAAAGUUGAGGCUGCCACAGAAGAGAAAGUCAUGACUGAAACAAAACAAAUCUCUGAUGACGCUGCAAUGCUUAACAGAAUGUGUAAAUAUAUUUAUUCAAAUGGAGUUGAUCGUAUUCGAACGAGAGCUAUGCUCUGUCAUAUAUUUCAUCAUGCAAAACACGAUCGAUGGUAUGAAGCUAGAGAUUUAAUGCUGAUCUCACAUUUGCAGGAGAAUAUCCAAUAUUCUGACGUGUUAACCCAGAUAUUAUAUAAUCGAACUAUGGUUCAACUUGGUUUGUGCGCGUUCCGACAUGGUAUGAUAAGGGAUGCUCAUACAGCUCUACAAGACAUCCAAGCAACAGGUCGUGCUAAAGAGCUGUUGGCGCAAGGGUUGAUGAACUUGAAGAAUGUAGAACGUUCUCCUGAACAAGAAAAAAUAGAUAAGCGAAGAAUGCUUCCAUUUCACAUGCACAUCAACCUAGAGUUGCUUGAGUGCGUUUAUUUAACUUCUGCAAUGUUGUUGGAAGUACCUUAUAUGGCAGCUCACGAGUAUGAUUACAACCGCAGAAUCAUCAGCAAAAGUUUUCGAUAUCAACUUCGUUUGAGUGCAAAACAAGCACUCGUUGGUCUACCGGAAAGCAUGAGAGAUCAUGUUGUUGCUGCUUCGAAAGCCAUGAUGAAGGGCGAUUGGAAGAAAUGCAAGGAAAACAUCCUUGCUGUGUCUUGUUGGGAAUUGUUCCCUAAUGCAGAAGGAGUAAAAGCUAUGUUAACUAGAAAAAUUCAAGAAGAGAGUUUACGAACAUAUUUGUUUACGUAUAACAAAGUUUAUGAUUCAAUCAGUAUGCACAACUUAGCUGAGAUGUUUGAUCUACCUCCUCAAGUUGUUCAUAGUACCAUCAGUAAGAUGAUUAUCAAUGAAGAAUUGCAGGCCUCUUGGGAUGAGCCCACUCAAACGCUUGUACUCCAUCACGGUGCUGAACCAACUUACUUACAAAGUAUUACAUUACAGUUGUCUGAUAAGCUAAAUACGUUAGUUGAACAUCACGAAAGAAUUUUAGAUUUCAAGUAUGGACCUAUUUUUCAACGCGAAAAAACUCAAGGCUAUCAAGGGGGAAAGAAUCAAUCACAAACGAGAAAUCGUUUCCAUGGCGGACGAAGACAAGGAAAGAAUAUGGAAUUGUAAACUUAUAUAUUGUCGAAUGAAACCAAAUCGUAUAA